CAGACUCCUUGGGGGCUCAGCAGGAUCAGCUGGACCACCCUGAGGCCUGACCUGCUCUCUCCCCAUCUCUGUUGCAGAACACAGAUCUGUUUGAGAUGAUUGAAAAGAUGCAGGGAAGCAGGAUGGAUGAACAACGAUGCUCCUUCCCACCACCCCUCAAGGUAGGUCUGAACCAUGACCACCCUACCCAUCCUUGGGCUUCCUCAGUCCUGGGGCGAGAAGGGCCCUUCCCCCUCAUCCUGCUGCCCCAGUUUGGGGGCUACUGGAUUGAAGGCACCAACCACGAAAUCACCAGCAUCCCGGAGACAGAGCCGCUGCAGUCACCCACGACCAAGGUGAAGCUGGAGUGCAACCCCACAGCCCGCAUCUACCGGAAGCACUUUCUCGGCAAGGAGCAUUUCAAUUACUACUCACUGGACGCUGCCCUGGGCCACCUUGUCUUCUCACUCAAAUAUGAUGUCAUCGGGGACCAGGAGCACCUGCGGCUGCUGCUCAGGACCAAGUGCCGGACAUACCACGAUGUCAUCCCCAUCUCCUGCCUCACCGAGUUCCCCAACGUGGUCCAGAUGGCAAAGCUGGUGUGCGAAGAUGUGAAUGUGGAUCGAUUCUAUCCUGUGCUCUACCCCAAGGCCUCCCGGCUCAUCGUCACCUUUGAUGAACACGUCAUCAGCAACAACUUCAAGUUUGGCGUCAUUUAUCAGAAGCUUGGGCAGACCUCCGAGGAGGAGCUCUUCAGUACCAACGAGGAAAGCCCUGCCUUCGUGGAGUUCCUCGAAUUUCUUGGCCAGAAGGUCAAACUGCAGGACUUUAAGGGGUUCCGCGGAGGCCUGGACGUGACCCACGGGCAGACGGGGACCGAGUCUGUGUACUGCAACUUCCGCAACAAGGAGAUCAUGUUUCACGUGUCCACCAAGCUGCCCUACACAGAAGGGGACGCCCAGCAGUUGCAGCGAAAGCGGCACAUCGGGAAUGACAUCGUCGCUGUGGUCUUCCAGGAUGAGAACACGCCCUUUGUGCCUGACAUGAUUGCGUCCAACUUCCUGCACGCCUAUGUGGUGGUGCAGGCCGAGGGCGGGGGGCCCGGCGGCCCCCUCUAUAAGGUCUCUGUCACGGCCAGAGAUGACGUGCCCUUCUUUGGGCCCCCGCUCCCGGACCCUGCUGUGUUCAGGAAGGGGCCCGAGUUCCAGGAAUUUUUGCUGACAAAACUGAUCAAUGCGGAAUAUGCCUGCUACAAGGCAGAGAAGUUUGCCAAACUGGAGGUGAGGAUGGGCUGUUGGGGCUGAGUCCCUGCCCCCAGCUUGGAAUUUCAGAGCUGCACCCUGAAAUUCAGAGGGCAAAGCCUAGUGGUCAUUGGUGGGGAGGAACCAGGUGCCUGGGUGCCUGGGUUUCCCUGAGGAGCAGGUGUUUGAGAAACCGGUGCCUCCUCCACCCCAACCCCACCUUCACAGCGGGUCAUCCGGAGCCGCAGCCAGUCCAUGGAUGCCAUGGGACUAAGCAACAAGAAGCCCAACACCGUGUCCACCAGCCACAGCGGGAGCUUCGCACCCAACAACCCUGACCUGGCCAAGGCCGCUGGAAUAUCAUUGCUUAUUCCCGGGAAAAGUGCGAGUAGAUUCGGACGCCGGGGCAGUGCCAUAGGCAUAGGAACCGUGGAAGAGUCACUGAUUGUCCCUGGGAAGAGCCCCACGCGGAAGAAGUCAGGUCCGUUCGGCUCACGCCGCAGCAGCGCCAUCGGCAUCGAGAACAUACAGGAGGUGCAGGAGAAAAGGGAGAGCCCCCCGGCUGGCCAGAAGACCCCAGACAGCGGGCACGCCUCACAGGAGCCGAAGUCAGAGAACUCCUCCACUCAGAGCUCCCCAGAGAUGCCAACGACCAAGAACAGAGCGGAGACAGCAGCCCAGAGAGCAGAAGCGCUGAAGGACUUCUCCUGCUCCUCGUCCAGUGCCAGCAGCUUCGCCAGCGUAGUGGAGGAGACGGAGGGUGUGGACGGGGACGACACAGGCCUGGAGAGCAUGUCGUCCUCAGGGACUCCGCACAAGCGGGACUCCUUCAUCUAUAGCACGUGGCUGGAGGACAGCGUCAGCACCACGAGUGGGGGCAGCUCCCCAGGCCCCUCGCGGUCACCCCAUCCAGACGCCGGCAAGUCGGGGGACCCUGCAUGUCCGGAGAUCAAGAUCCAGCUGGAAGCGGCUGAGCAGCACACGUCCCAGCUGAUGAGGUCGAAGAAACACAAGGUGAAGAUGCUGUGUCAAAUCCAGGCAGAUAGGACCUCUGCCCCCAAGGCCACCACCAGCCUGUGUGCUGCCCUCUGUCUCCCCAACCCUCCCCUGGGCCCACCAUCUGGGCUGUCUCUGCAGGGUGGAGCCAUCCAGACCUGGGAGCGGGGAAGCUGCCGGCGUCAUCCUCACCCCCCGGGCUGGGGCCAGGCUGGACAGGGAGUGGUCAGUUGUAGCAAGACUCCAGGCCUGGCUCGCCCUGGCCUGGGCCCUCCAUCACACCUUGGUGCCCCUCUCGACUCAGGGGGGGCAAGAUGAGAGGGGGGACCGAGAUCUCUCAGUGCGUACAGAGCCUCCAGGCAGCGGGGGGUGAGAUGUGAUGGAGGGAGCCCCAGGUUGGGAAUCCUGCGUCCUGAGUCCUGGCUUCUAAUUUGGGUUCUGCUGUGCGGCUCUGGGCUGUCUCUGGGCACCUCUGCUCCCAAUGGACAAGAUCACUUCAGAGGUCACUGAAGACUGCGAUUCCAUGCACCUGCCCAGAAUGGGGGACCGGCCUCCCAGGGGCCUCCCAUCACCCUGUCCUGCUUCCUGGGGCUCUGGGGCCCCCAGUGGGCUGAGGGGCAGGGAGCUGGUGAUGCCUGUUGCCCCUCCUGGACCCCCAAGCUCUACCACAGACCUGCCGAUGCCCCGUCCACUGCCUCCGCGUGACAGACAAGCGGCCCCCUUGGAGGAGGGAACCCACCUGGGUCCUCAGCCGGCACCCAGCUCCACCUCUGCCACCCCAUGUUCUGGGCGCCCCAGGCUGAGUGGGCUUGGCUGGCCUGGAGUUACAGGUCUCGCCUUUGCGACCCCCCAUUCCCAUGGAGGGGGCCGCCCGGCAUAGCUGCUGUGAGUCCACAUCUUGUGUGUGUCUGUCCACACUUUUUAGGCGCCAACGUCAAAGGCCAGCCUUCCCGCCCCAACACCCAUCCGGGAAGCCCCCGUGGCUGUGUGUAUGUUGGUAACAGUUGUACAAAAUAAAUUCUAUUUAUCGCUAUUGUA